UUCCCUCCACACUUUAGUUAUCUCCACCCACAUUACAACUCCAUCCUCUCGCAUAUCAACUCACCCAUCUUUCCCCAUCUUUCCAAAAUUCCGACUCCACCCCUGCCUUUCAUGGUUCCACCUCUGCCAUGACUAUGUUCGCCGAAACGAACAGCCUCUCCCGUCCGAAAUUCUUACACUCAGACCCCAACAUCUCCUCCUCCAACACCGAGGAUGAUUUCUCCUCUCGAAACAGCAGCGCAUCCGCAGCUUCUCCUGGCUACUAUUCCGAUCGAAAUCCAUUGAGCGGUGAGAGCUCUCCCUACAACAUGUCGCCUUGGAAUCAAACCUCACCCUACUCUAAGUCUCCAUGGUCUACACGUGCAGGCUCUCCAACCACUCCUUUCUCUGAAGACAAUCUCCCAACCAACGGCCUGAUCGGAUCGCUAGUUCGCGAAGAAGGGCAUAUCUACUCACUUGCCGCAUCCGGAGAACUUCUCUACACCGGAUCCGAUAGCAAGAACAUUCGCGUAUGGAAGAACAUGAAAGAAUUCUCGGGAUUUAAAGCGAAUAGCGGACUCGUGAAAGCGAUAGUGAUAUCAGGGGAGAAGAUCUUCACCGGUCAUCAAGACGGGAAGGUUCGAGUCUGGAAAGUAUCACCGAAGAAUCCAAGCGUUCAUAAACGAGCCGGCACGCUUCCCAAACUAAAGGACUUCAUCAAAAGCUCGAUGAACCCGAAUAACUACGUGAAGGUGCGGCACCGCCGUAAUUCGAUAUGGAUCAAGCAUUUCGAUGCUGUUUCGUGCUUGAGCUUGGAUGAAGAUCAUGGAAUUCUGUAUUCUGGAUCUUGGGAUAAGACUCUUAAGGUGUGGCGAAUCGCCGAUUCGAAAUGUCUUGAGUCGAUCAGCGCUCAUGAUGAUGCUGUGAAUUCAGUGGUGGCGGGAUUCGAUGGGUUCGUUUUUACUGGAUCGGCAGACGGAACGGUGAAGGUGUGGAAGAGGGAAAUGGCGGGAAAAGUGACGAAGCAUACGUUGAGUCAGACACUGCUAAAACAGGAAUGUGCUGUGACGGUGGUGGUUGUCAAUCCAACGGCCUCGAUUGUCUACUGCGGGUCAUCGGAUGGGCUUGUGAAUUUCUGGGAGCGUGGUGUGAAACAUCUCACUCAUGGUGGUGUCCUACGUGGACAUAAGCUCGCCGUUCUUUGUCUUGCUGCGGCUGGGAAUCUCGUUUUCAGUGGAUCUGCUGAUAAGACGAUCUGCGUCUGGAAGAGGGAUGGUGGAACCCACACCUGCCUUUCUGUGCUGAAUGGUCAUACAGGGCCGGUGAAGUGCUUGGCCGUUGAGGAGGAUGGAGAUUCGACGGCUGACGAUCGACGAUGGAUCGUCUACAGUGGCAGUCUCGAUAAAUCGGUGAAGGUCUGGAAGGUGUCGGAGUACGCAGCUGAUAUGCAGAUGGCGCAGCAGCAGCAGAUGGAGCCGUACGUUGCGUCGGAAUCGGAUGGUCGGAGUUUCUCCUCUUCCGGCCGGAUGAGCGAAAAGAGACCCUGAUUGGUGAGAGUGUUGGGGGAGGAGUUAGUGGCCACUUGUUUAAAUGAGACAACUCCACGUGUCAUUGUAUCCAUCCUAUUCUACUUGACACGUGUCAGAUGACGAUUCGUGACCCACCAUGUUGGGGGUGGGGUUGUGAAUAGUGUUGUUGUAUACAAGGAAUGAACGGUUGUGAUGAAUCCUAAAUAAUAUGGAUAAUACUUUUU